AUGGCUUCUUCGGAGUUGGCCCAGCUCGGUCCCUGGGUGCCCUGCGCGCUUCUCACCUUGGUGGUCUUAGCCACACUCUGGUAUCUGACGGGCUCCGGAAGACCCUCUCCGAAUCUCCCUCCAGGCCCUACUCCGCUUCCCCUCAUCGGCAAUCUGCACUUGAUAAACAUCAGGAGACAAGAUAAAUCGUUUAUGAAGCUUUCUGAGAAAUACGGCCCGGUCUUCACAGUCCAUCUGGGCUUCCAGAAGGCCGUGGUGUUGACAGGCUACGAGGCGGUCAAAGAGGCUCUUCAGAGCAACACUGGCGAAUUCGUGGACAGGCCCCCUGUCCCGAUAUUUUAUCGGAUCCAGCAUGGGAACGGUGUGUUCUUCUCUUCUGGGGAACUGUGGAGGACCACCCGCCGAUUCACCGUGUCGAGCAUGCGGGACCUCGGGGUGGGGAAGAAACUGAUAGAGGGACGCAUCUUGGAGGAGCUCCAUUACCUUACUGAGCUGAUCGAGUCUUUUAAAGGCGAACCGUUUAAGUUACGGUCCUUUAACACGGCCCCCACCAACAUCACCUUUGCCAUACUGUUUGGGGACAGGUUUGAUUAUGCCGACCCGACGUUCGUCACUCUGCUCAGGCUCAUCGACGAAGUCAUGAGCCUACUGGGAUCUCAGUUCUUACACUUAUUCAAUUUCUACCCGUUCCUCGGAUUCCUCCUCACACCCCACAAGAUGAUCUUGAGGAAAGUCGAAGAGACCUGUGUCAUUCUGAGGAAACAUAUCCAGGCCAGCAAAGAAACGAUCAAUGAAAACAACUUGCGGAGCUACACAGAUGCUUUGCUCUUCAAGCAGCAAGAGGAAUCAAACAAAGCCAAGAUCACGUUCCACGAUGCAAACAUCCUGGCGUCCGUGCUCGACCUCGUCAUGGCUGGGACUGAGACCACGGCCACCACGCUGCAGUGGGCUGUCUUGCUGAUGAUAAAGUACCCCGAGAUUCAGCGGAAGGUACAGGAGGAAAUCAAGAUGGUCCUGGAAUUGGGCCACCUGCCGACCUUCGAUGACAAGAAGCGCAUGCCCUUUUCCAACGCAGUGAUCCACGAGGUGCAACGCUUUGUCACUCUCCUCCCACACAUUCCGCGCUGCACCGCCGUGGACACGCACUUCCGUGGCUAUUUCAUCCCCAAGGGUACCACUGUGAUUCCUUCACUCACCUCGGUGCUCUUAGACAAAACUCAGUGGGAGACUCCCGAACAAUUUAACCCCAACCACUUUUUGGAUGCUGACGGCAACUUUGUGAAGAAAGAGGCUUUCCUGCCUUUCUCGACAGGCCACCGGAACUGCCUAGGCGAAAGUCUGGCCAAGAUGGAGCUGUUCCUCUUCUUCGUGGGCUUGUUCCAGAGGUUUUCCUUCCGGCCCCCUCCGGGAUCCACAGCAUCUGACGUGGACAUUGCCCCCGUGCCAGGCUUCACCUUGCGCCCCCAGCCGCAGACAACCUGUGCCGUGCCCUACGAAUGA